CAGUAGAAGAUACAUUGAUGUCACCAGCAUUGCCAGGGCUUUAGAGACGAAACAAACAGGUCUAGCAGCCGCUUUGCCAGACCUACAUGCUUUCAGUGGCUGUGACUUUACAGCGGCAUUCUACAGAAAAGGGAAAAUCAAGCCGUACGAGCUACUAGAAGAUGACAAUGACGGAAGUUUGAUCCAGUUCUUCAGCAGCAUGUCGUCGAGAGGGGAACUAACGAGAAAGAUCGCAGAAGUGUACGUGUGCUCCCUAUAUGGAAUGAGCAAAGUGAAUGAUGUGAACGAGGCAAGGUUCAACAAGCUUGUUCAGCUGACUGGCAAAAUAAGUAAGGAAAACCCAAUGGCGAAAGUCAAGAAAGUGGAUUGUGCCCUGCUACCCCCAUGUGGAAAGACCAUGUGGAAUAAAGUACAGCGUGCGCAUUAUGUGAGCAUCAUAUGGGGUAAUGCAGACUCCCCACAACCGGACCAAGAUCUGGACCCUCUCCAGUAUGGAUGGAAGAAUGAAAACCGCCAUUAUGUACCAGAUUGGUUUCCUGGACCUGCUGAACCAGACAAUCUUUUCUGCAAUGAUCACGAGGAGGAAUCGAUAGAGAUACAGGAAAAUGAGGACAUUGAUGACAUCCCAACGGAUGAUUCUGGCACAGACUCUGGACCAGAAUGGAGUGACAAUUCGGAUAGUGAGAGCGAGGCCUGA